AUGCCGUUUAUAAUCGUACAUAAAGACCAAUACGAAUCCGAAUCCCCCAGCUUCUUUUCUAUCCAAGGACUUCAAAAUCAAUAUAGGUAUUAUCCCCUAGCAUCUGCGCAUGAAGUCUGGUCUGACUUAUCAGGAAACUCUUUUAAAAGGUGCAUCCAAGAGAACAGCUUUCUAUAUGACGAAACAGUGAAAAACCUCGAUACAGAACCAAAGUUUUCGUUCUUCGAAAACGACCUUAAACCAGUACUCUAUAAAAUGCAAUUGAAGGAACAAUUACAAAAUGAAAGAAUUGACUUUGAUUCCUACAGAGCCGGCGAGCUUGGGAAUUUAAAUACACCAGAGCUAAAGAAAUGUAUCAACGUUGGCAACACCAGCCGGAUCAACAUCCAUGAAUCUGAUUUCCAUGACUUUCGGCUGAAAUCUCUCGAGGAUUAUUCUAGUUACAGAUACGACCCAGAAAACUACAAAUCAUAUUGUCCUAAAUACUACAAUUGCUCUGAAAAAGAGACAGAAGCAUUCAAGACCUAUAUGACAGAAUGUUUCUUGUUCGACUUGAAUAACAUGUGUAUCGAUUCUGAUUUUCGUACUAAGCACUUCGAUCCUAGAUUGUCCUAUGAUCAGGUAUUUGAACCUUGA